AUUAAAGCAGCCUUACCUAAAUGAAUGUAAUCACAUUAAAUAUAUUCCACAGCUUUCAACGCUCGUGACAUACGAAAGAGGCUCGCUGCAGAAAAUCUACAAGCGCGAGUUGUUUUGCUGGACGGAUUGAUUACAGAAUCUUUUCUACUUCUGGACCGACCUCCAGCUCGAAAAAGACGACAAGCUCUGGCUCGCAACCGAGAAAAAGUUAAAAUCCUGCUACAAGCCGUCAGAACAGUGCUGCAAAAUGUUUCCUCCGAUGCAAAGGUGAUUGUGAAAUGAUUCAUGUAUGAUUUGUCUCUUAUAACUCAGUAAAGAAUGGAACACCAACAAGCUAGAGUUGAAUCAUCUCAAUCAGAUUAUUCUCAACAAAUAGCUGACAAUAUCCAAACUCUGCAAACACUUGCAUUAGCAUUGAAUACUGGGGGAAAUGACUUUUCACAGAGCCCUGCUCUUAGCCCUGCUAGAUCAUCAAUCUCUGAUAUUUUAAACGCAUCUGAACUCUCAGACUAUUUCAGACAAAUUAAUGAUGCCGUUCACGGUUUAAAUGACUACAUAUCUCCGCAAAACUCACCGGCUGCCUCGUCUGCGUUGGAUGAAACUUUUCAAAAUACAGAAUCUCAAUCAGAUUAUUCCCAACAAAUUAUUAAUUCCAUCCAGAUUCUACAAACAAUCGCUUCAGCUUUGAAUACCGGGGGAAAUGACUUUACACAGAGCCCUGCUCUUAACCCUGUUAGAUCACCAAUCUCUGAUAUUUUAAACGCAUCUGAAGUCUCAGACUAUUUCAGACAAAUUGACGAUGCCGUCCGCGGUUUAAAUAACUGUAUAUCUCCGCAAAACUCACCCGUUGGUUCACCGGCUGCCUCGUCUAGCAUUUCAUUAGAUGAAGGUUUUCAAAAUACAGAAUCUGUGUUACCAUCUGAAACAGUUUCUGCAGCAAAUGAUCAAGCACAGCAGCAACAGCAGCAGCAAGGAGGUAAUCUAGAUCAAAAUCAGAGAAUUGAACGUCAGCGUUUCAAUAACAUUGAAAUAAGGAGAUCGUUAUCAAUCACGCCUCCAACCCAUGCUGUACCUGACAUUGCUGAAUUCUACACCACAGUCAUGAAUGUUUUAACUGAUCUGGCAAAUACUGCAAGAUCAAUAGCUGAACGUAAUGACUUUGUACAGUUAGAAUUAGUGUGGGAUAAUAUUUCUCAUCACAUAAAUAUCUCUGUUACUGAUAACGACGCAAUCCUGCCUGCAUUUGAAGAAUUUUUAGAUGAGCUGGUUCAAUCUAAUGCAGAGCUGCCCUCAGAAAGUAAUUUGGAGCUGAUUCUUCAGAUAGUCAAGAAUCCUACAGGAGGCGUAAAACGCAAGGCUGAAAAAACAUUGGAAUGUGAAUUGAUUAAUAAGAAGAGGCGUCACCUGUAUAUUGUAGAAAAUACAGGAAAUAAAUUGUGUUUUGCUACCAGCCUGGCACAUGUCGCUAAUCCUGAAUUUACAGAUAAACAAGCUCUUGAACAGGGAAGAAAGUGGCAGCAUCAGGCAGGUCUAACUGAUCAGACAGCGGUUACAUUCAGCGACGUCGCAAAGUUUGAAAACAUUCUACAAAGAAAAAUUGUAGUGUUUCAUCGAACCUCAAAAGAUAGGGCUUUAUCUAAAUUUGAAACAGAUUUCCAAAUUCGGUCAAAUCCCUGCUUUCUCCUCCUCCAUAAUAAUCACUUCUAUGGCAUUAGGAAUCUUGCAGGUUUUACCGGUUCAAAAUAUAUUUGCAAAUUUUGUUACGGCUGUUAUAAUAAUUCUAACACCCAUCAUUGCCAAGGUUACUGUGGUGUCUGCAGUUGUUACAGUUGCACACAAUUGCAGUACAAUCCAGUACGCUGUGAUGACUGUAACAGAAUAUGUCGAAACUCUACAUGCUUCGAUAGGCACAAAGAACCUCGCAACAGACCUCAUGCUGAAAUGCUUGUAAGUGAUUGCGAGAUGAUCAAAUUUUGUUCUACGUGUAACAGGUUGUAUCACAUACCUAUGACCAAAGAGAAAACUUUUCACGUAUGCGGAUCAAAAUGUGUAAUCUGUGGUGACAAAAAUCUACCUCCUGAUUCGUACGGCGUCAAACUUAUGAAUCCAGAUGAGAGGCAGAAAAUUACUGACUGGUACGGUGAAGCAUCCAAAGGCAUUUUUGACUUUGAGAAAGAAUCCCUGCAUUAUUGCAAAAAUGAUGUGGACAUUCUUUUUCAAGGUUGUGUUAAAUUCAGAGAGGAGUUUUUUAAGGAGACAAAUGUGGAUCCCUUUAAGAACAUCACAAUUGCUUCUGCAUGCAUGCAGGUUUUUGUGACCAAUUUUCUUCCGGAGAAAUCCUUGGCGAUCCCAUCAGCUGUAGAUUACAGGCGUGGGUCCAAAACUUUCUCCAAUGCUUCAAUUCAGUGGCUAGAGUGGAAGAUGGACAGUGAGAACUUACAAAUUGAGCACGCGCUAAACUCGGGCGAGCGCAAAAUCGGACCCUAUUUUGUCGACGGAUUCGCAGUAAUCUCAGGUUUAGCCACCGUAUUCUCUUUCAACGGGUGUCUUUAUCAUGCCUGCCCUCGGUGUUUCAAGCAGACUGAAAUGUGUCCUUUGAGAAAAGUACCGUUUGAACAAAUUUAUGCAGCUACGAUUGAAAGAUCCAAGAUUCUGCAAGCCGUUUAUGGUGUUCGAGUCGAGACUGUGUGGGAACAUGAGUGGGAUGAAAUGAAAAAGUCUGAUCCAGGGGUAAUCAGAUUCCUGGAAAAAUUUGAUGCGCCAGAACCUUUGGUCCCUCGGAACGCUCUGUACGGAGGUCGAACUUGUGCUCUAAAGCUCAGGUUCACAGCUGGACCGGGUGAGUCUGUGCAUUAUGUGGACUUCACAUCUCUCUACCCUUAUGUAAAUGCUACGUGUGAAUAUCCGCUAGGUCACCCCACCCUCAUUUACAAAGAUUUCGAUGAUCCCGUCAACUAUUUUGGUUUUAUCAGAGCUACCAUAUUAACAAUCAAACAGGGAUCUGCACCCAUGAGGACGAUGCUCGAUCUCUGA